AUGGCUGAUAACAACAUCCCAAACCCUGACCCCUUCCUCCUGCAACAAAUGAUCGAGGAGUCCACCCGCGAGGGGACAAAUCGUCGCCGGUUGGAGAGACAGCAGCGUGCCACUCCCGGGCAGAGAAGAUCGGGGCAUGAGACCUCACAACCCAGGGGACAGCAAAUCCAUGACAUCCAGCAUCUGCAGAGCCUUCAACAGAACGGAGACGACGAGCAGGCUCGGCCCCAUAAUGAACAAGAACAACCCCAGAAUGAGAACGAGGCUGACGCCAGAGACGGGCAUGCUGCCUCCUCGUUCACACACACCUCCGACAGGCGAAGAGUCCGUCACGAAGAGGAGGAGGAGCAGAUUGACAUCCCUGAGGGUACUGAUCCCACCACCGCCCUCGUGCUCAAGGAACUGCGGAAGACAAACAGCCUCCUCCGACUUCAAGACGGCCGCAUCCACGAGCUAGAAAGGAAGCGACGAUACCACUCCCCUCCACGGAGGAACUAUCGGUCACGUUCCUAUUCCUCCUCACGAUCGCCACCGAGGAGACACCGUCAAUGCUCCCCGUCCUCCUCACGCUCUCCACCUCGAAGAUACCACCGCCGGAGGUCAUAUUUCCGCUCUCCACCACGAAAGAGCAUGAAUAAUCAAAGACCUGAGGCAGCUGAAACCGGAAGCCUAUCCCCUGAACGGGAUCACCGAGGCCCCUCCAAAGCCGUGCUGAAACCCCGCAAACGUCCCCCUCCUAGGGGAAACCGCGCAAGUCCAGAAAAAUUCCAAGGAAAGCCCCGGCGAGGCAGACACUCCACCUCCCCGGGACCAAGUGACGAAGAGGACUUCCACAGCCUUUUGUCCGAAAGCAUCCGAAGAGCCCGUCUCCCACGAGGGAUGGAGAAACCACCAGCUUUGGACCAAUACGACGGAACGACCGACCCUGACGACCAUAUUCGGAGCAUCGAAGCCGUCAUGGAUUACCACGUCGUCAGGGGGUCCAUCAAAUGCCGCAUCUUUCCGACCACCCUCAGGAAAGGAGCGAUGACUUGGUACAGGAACCUUCGCCCCAACUCCAUCCACUCCUGGACCGAGCUCAAAGAACUUUUCUGA